CCACAGUUUAGUUCAGGCUUUUAUAGUGUUAUUUAAAACAGUUAGAAAUGGUUCACAAAAUACUUUUAUUCUCUAUGUGCUUAUGGCAUCUGGUUGAUGAACUAGAGUCAGUGUCAGUGACGGAGGGAGAUUCUGUCACGCUACACCAUAAUCUCACGGUUAUUAACAUGCAGAGAAAUGAUGAGAUCGAGUGGAGGUUUGAAGGCAUUCGCAUCGCUAGAGUGAUCGUGAACAAUUCAGAAUAUUAUAAUGAUGGGACAUUCAGAGACAGAUUGAAGCUGGAUCAUCAGACUGGAUCUCUGACCAUCACAAACACCAAAAUCACAGACUCUGGACUUUACCAACUAAAGACCAUUACUGGGCAUAAGGAAUCAAUCAAGAGAUUCAAUGUUGCUGUUAAUGCUCGUCCACCCUCUCCUACCACCACUUCAUCAUCUGAAAGCACGAGUGUUGCAGCAUCAGCCCCACAAACAACUCCUCACCCUCCAGAUUCUGCAUCUCUGAUAGUGCUGAUUUCUGCUGUUGCUGCUGGAUCUCUGUUGAUUGUGGCUGCAGUCGGGGUCUUCUGGAUCUGUAGAAAAUGUAGAAAAACUAUUCAAGAAGGCAAGUGUUAUGCACUGCUGAUAGACAUGCUAAAACAACACAGUUGUAACUAUUUUUACAUGUCUUUCAUUGUUGUUAAAACAGUCCAGACGAAUAAUGAAGACAUUACUUACGCUGAUCCAACAUUCUACAAAAGAAAAACACAAAAAGUGGUUAUAAAACAACGGGAAGAAUUGCCAUCGGACUAAACCCGCAGCUGACAACCACAGACGCAGACACACACACACACACACACACACACACACACACACGGAAAGAGCACCGCAACUUUACAAUUGUUCAAUUAAAAUAAACGUAUUUUGCUCCAUACAACGUGUCUGUUGCCUUUGAUUAGCCUAAAAGUAAAAUAAAAUGACAUUCAGAGUACUUAAAGCGAAAGUCCCCUAAACGUCCCGAAUGGCCGCUGCACGUCCUGUGAACGUCCUCGUGAAUGUCCGGAGGACGUCUUCGCGAACGUCCGCUGGACGUCAAGGGGACCCUACACGCUGACGUCCGGGGGACGUUAGCAGAGGCCGUUUAGGGGACGUCCUGGGGACCUUUUUUUGUUAGCUGGGAUAUGACUCCUGCGUCAUUGAAAAGUGAGGUUUUUGAAACAUUUCGCGGUACAGACAUACCUGUAAAAAAUGAAACAUCUCUAGUUGAGUAGCAGAGUAUUAAUUUCGUUUGUUUGUGUUAAAUAAAAGGCGAUUUGAUGCUGAAAUGUGUUGCUUUUGAAACACGCUGAGUGCUAGUUGCUGCUGUUGUUAGUGAUGACAGCUCGUGCUCAGACGCUUCAGUCCCGUUCGUUCCAUUGAAACCACAAAAUAAAAUGCACACAAACAUGUCCCUGCCUUUGAUAUACAAUCACUGAUGAACGCAUUUAGUUUUAAUUACUAAAAAAACACAGACGAUGUGACAUGCUUAAUGUAUACCACCUGAGUAUUAUUCCACUCGCAAGCUUUCAGCGGAGCUGCGUACAUCACUGUCCUGAAGAAUUUGUACUAGGAUAUAGAAUUAUUUUGAUGUAUAGAUACGUUUCUAUAUGAAUUCCAUGUCAAUAAAUUAAACUUAAUGUACCAUUCAAAUUGAUUUGUGAUGUCAUAUAUGCUAUUUUUGGCUUGUUUCACCAAGUGCAGUGUAAAAGGCACACAUCGGAUACGAGUCACUUUUAAAAGAAAUGUAAGCACGUCGUCCAAAAAAUCGGAUAUAGUCACAAAAUCGGAAUUGGUCAUCAAGACCUGCAGUGUAAA